UACAAGGCACCUGAACAAGUAUACAUGGCCCCUGAACAAGUAUACAAGGCCCCUGAACAAGUAUACAAGGCACCACAACAAGUAUACAAGGCCCCUGAACAAGUAUACAAGGCCCCUGAACAAGUAUACAAGGCCCCUGAACAAGUAUACAAGGCCCCUGAACAAGUAUACAAGGCCCUGAACAAGUAUACAAGGCCCCUGAACAAGUAUACAAGGCACCACAACAAGUAUACAAGGCACCACAACAAGUAUACAAGGCUCCUGAACAAGUAUACAAGGCCCCUGAACAAGUAUACAAGGCACCACAACAGGUAUACAAGGCCCCUGAACAAGUAUACAAGGCCCCUGAACAAGUAUACAUGUCCCCUGAACAAGUAUACAAGGCCCCUGAACAAGUAUACAAGGCACCACAACAAGUAUACAAGGCCCCUGAACAAGUAUACAAGGCCCCUGAACAAGUAUACAAGGCCCCUGAACAAGUAUACAAGGCCCCUGAACAAGUAUACAAGGCCCCUGAACAAGUUUACAAGGCACCUGAACAAGUAUACAUGGCCCCUGAACAAGUAUACAAGGCCCCUGAACAAGUAUACAAGGCCCCUGAACAAGUAUACAAGGCUCCUGAACAAGUAUACAAGGCACCACAACAAGUAUACAAAGCUCCUGAACAAGUAUACAAGGCUCCUGAACAAGUAUACAAGGCACCACAACAAGUAUACAAGGCUCCUGAACAAGUAUACAAGGCUCCUGAACAAGUAUACAAGGCCCCUGAACAAGUAUACAAGGCCCCUGAACAAGUAUACAAGGCCCCUCAACAAGUAUACAAGGCCCCAGAACCAACAUACAAGGCCCCAGAACCAACAUACAAGGCCCCAGAACCAACAUACAAGGCUCCAGAACCAACAUACAAGGCCCCAGAACCAACAUACAAGGCCCCAGAACCAACAUACAAGGCCCCAGAACCAACAUACAAGGCCCCAGAAUCAACAUACAAGGCCCCAGAACCAACAUACAAGGCCCCAGAACCAACAUACAAGGCCCCAGAAUCAACAUACAAGGCCCCAGAACCAACAUACAAGGCCCCAGAACCAACAUACAAGGCCCCAGAACCAACAUACAAGGCCCCAGAACCAACAUACAAGGCUCCAGAACCAACAUACAAGGCCCCAGAACCAACAUACAAGGUUCCAGAACCAACAUACAAGGCCCCAGAACCAACAUACAAGGCCCCAGAACCAACAUACAAGGUCCCAGAACCAACAUACAAGGCCCCAGAACCAACAUACAAGGCCCCAGAACCAACAUACAAGGCUCCAGAACCAACAUACAAGGCUCCAGAACCAACAUACAAGGCUCCAGAACCAACAUACAAGGCCCCAGAACCAACAUACAAGGUCCCAGAACCAACAUACAAGGCCCCAGAACCAACAUACAAGGUCCCAGAACCAACAUACAAGGCUCCAGAACCAACAUACAAGGCUCCAGAACCAACAUACAAGGCUCCAGAACCAACAUACAAGGCCCCAGAACCAACAUACAAGGCCCCAGAACCAACAUACAAGGCUCCAGAACCAACAUACAAGGCUCCAGAACCAACAUACAAGGCCCCAGAACCAACAUACAAGGUCCCAGAACCAACAUACAAGGCUCCAGAACCAACAUACAAGGCUCCAGAACCAACAUACAAGGCUCCAGAACCAACAUACAAGGCCCCAGAACCAACAUACAAGGCCCCAGAACCAACAUACAAGGCCCCAGAACCAACAUACAAGGCUCCAGAACCAACAUACAAGGCUCCAGAACCAACAUACAAGGCUCCAGAACCAACAUACAAGGCCCCAGAACCAACAUAUUCCGCUCCGUCAUACGAGAAGAAAAUGCCGUUCGGGUUCGCAUAUGGCGUCGAGGACCCGUACAGCGGCAACAUGUUCACCCACAACGCCAACUCCGACGGUAAUGUUGUGACCGGUGAGUACCGAGUCGUUCUGCCCGAUGGUCGUACUCAGGUCGUCUCCUACACGGCCGAUGACUACAAUGGCUACGUGGCCGAUGUCCAGUAUCAGGGAGAAGCCCAGUACCCGGAGCCCAAGCCCUACCAGCCUGCCCCAGCCUACGACAAGCCUGCCUCAGCCUACGGCGCUCCCCCCACAACUUAUGAAACUCCCGCUCGAAGCUUCGACAACCCUUCCCCUGCUUAUAGUGUCCCCAUCCAGCACAAUGGUGCAACUGGCCAGAGCUUCCAUGUUCCAGCACCGACUUACGAUGUCCCAGCUGUGACCUAUGACAUUCCUGAUCAGGUCUACGAUGUCCCAGCCAGGAUCCCGGGACCACCAUCUUCCUUGUACACAACGCCCACCAGCUAA